AUGUAUUCCGCUUUUUCGGAUCUUUCUGUAUCUAUGUUUCUGCUGAGUCUUUGUGGUGAUCUCUCUAAGGCAAGUUUGCCUACCGAAACUGUAAAGUUAUCAACUUUUGAAACUGAUCUGCUAACGAUUUCUCAGGCGUCGGCAGAUUCUGAAAUUCCUUCUUCUUUUCUGAUCUCCAAAACUCAGGCGAAACAGUUUAGGAUUCAGCAUCUCAAUUCACUUUGCUCUACGGUUUGCCCUACGGAUAAUCUACAGACACGAAUAGAUGCAAACCUUGAAGAAGUUGGAUUGACAUCCCCGACCUCUUUGACGUCAGAGCCCCAAUCUUCAUCUAUACUAUCGAUCACAGAAUCAGCCCAGGUAAAUGAGGUAUCCGGAUUUGACGGCGUCUUGAAUCUGAUUAAUCAGUCUGGAUUGAAUUCAGGAUCAGCCUCCUUAGAUUCG